AUGUGGGAGAUGUUGGGUUGGGGUGGUGGUUGUUGGUUUGGAUGGGGUUGGGGGGGUUGGAGUUGGGGGGGUUUUGGAGUUUGGGUGGUUGAAUGGGGUGGAGUGGGAGUUUGGGGGGGUUUGGAGUUAGGGGGGGGUUGGGGGGUUGGGGGGUUUGGAGUUUUGUGGGGGGGGGUUGGGGUUGGGGGGUUUGGGAUUUUGGGGGGGUUGGGGGUUGGGGGGUUUGAGUUUGGGGGGUUUGGGUUGGGGGGUCUGGGGAGUUUGGGGGUUGGGGGGUUGGGGGGUUUGGAGUUUGGGGGGUUGGGGUUGGGGGGAGUUUGGGUGGAUGGGAUUUUGGGGGGGUUGGAGUUUGGGGGGUUGGGGUUGGGGGGGUUUGGAGGUUUGGGGGGUUGGGGUGGUUGGGGGGGGGUUUGGGGAGUUGGGGGGUUGGGUUGGGGGUUUGAGUUUGGGGGGGGGUUGGAGUUGGGGGGGGGUUUGGAGUUUGGGGGGGGGUUGGGGGGUUGGGGGGGGGUUUGGGAGUUUGGGGGGGUUGGGGGGUUUGGGGGGGUUUGGGGGAUUUGGGGGGGGGUUGGGGGGGGGGGUAUGGGGGGGUUUGAGUUUGGGGUUUGGGAGGUUGGGGGGUUUGAGUUUGGGGGGUAUUGGAGAGUUGGGGGGUUUUGGAGGUUGGGGGGGGGUUGGAUUAGGGGGUUUGGAUGUUGGGGGUGUUUGGAGGUUAGGGGGUUUGAUGUGGGGGGUUUGAGUUGGGGGGGUUGUGGUUGGGGGGUGUUUGAGUUUGGGGGGGGUUGUGGGGGUUGGGGGUUGGGGGGGUUUGGAGUUUGGGGGUGUUGGGGGGGUGUUGGGGUUGGAGUUUGGGGGUUGUUGGGGGGGGGGGUUUGGGUGGGUGGGGGUUGGGGGUGGGGGGGGUUUGGGAGUUGGGGGUUGGGUUGGGGUGUGAGUUGGGGGUUUGGGGGGGUUGGGGGGUUGGAGUUGGGUGGGUUGGGUGGGGGGUUGAGUUGGUGGGUUGGGGGGGGUGUGAGUUGGGGGUUGGGUUGGGGGGUUUGGGAGGUUGGGGGUUGUGUUUGGGGUUUGAGGGGGGGGUUUGAGGUUGGGGGGUUUAGUUUGGGGGGGGUUUGGGAGGUUGGGGGGGUUUUGGAAGGUUGGGGGGGUUUGGGAGUUUGGGGUGUUGGAGUUUGGGGGGUUGGGGGUUGGGGGGUGUUUUUGGAGUUUGGGGUGGUGUGGGGUGUGGGUUUGAGUUUGGGGGGGUUGGGGGGGGUUGGGGGGUUUGAGGUUGGGGUGUUGGGGGUGGGGGGGUUUGGGAGUUUGGGGGGUUGGUGGGGUUUGGAGUUUGGGGGGUUGGUGGUGGGGGGUUUGGAAGUUUGGGGGUUGGGGGUUGGGGGGGUUUGGGAGUUUGGGGUGGUUGGGGGUUGGGGGGGGUUUGAGUUUGGGGUGGGUUGGGGGGGUUGGGGUGUUUAG